CUGACCAAAACGUCUCUAUGUAGGAGAUUUCUAAAAUGGUACAGAGGAAUAUUCCCUCGCACACACAGGACCAGGACAAGGAGUACGUGGGUUUUGCGACGCUGCCAAACCAGGUACACCGCAAGUCAGUGAAGAAGGGAUUUGACUUCACGCUCAUGGUGGCAGGGGAGUCCGGCCUGGGAAAGUCCACCCUUGUCAACAGCCUGUUUCUCACAGAUCUUUACAAAGAUAGGAAGCUGCUCAAUGCUGAAGAGCGAAUCACACAAACAGUAGAAAUCACCAAACACACAGUGGAUAUAGAAGAGAAAGGCGUCAAACUGAAGCUCACCAUCGUGGACACCCCUGGGUUUGGGGAUGCCGUGAACAACACCGAAUGCUGGAAGUCAGUGGCUGACUACAUCGACCAGCAGUUUGAGCAGUACUUCAGGGACGAGAGUGGCCUCAACCGCAAGAACAUUCAGGACAACCGCGUACACUGCUGCCUCUAUUUCAUCUCACCCUUCGGUCAUGGCCUCCGGCCUUUGGAUGUGGAGUUUAUGAAAGCUCUGCAUGAGAAGGUUAACAUCGUCCCCGUCUUGGCCAAAGCAGACACACUCACCCCCAGUGAGGUCAAGAAAAAGAAAAUCAAGAUCCGAGAGGAGAUUGAGCAGUAUGGGAUCAAGAUAUACCAGUUCCCUGACUGUGACUCUGACGAGGAUGAGGACUUUAAGCAGCAGGACACUGAGCUGAAGGAAAGCAUUCCCUUUGCAGUGAUUGGCAGCAACACAGUGGUGGAGGCCAAGGGGAAGAGGGUGCGAGGCCGUCUCUACCCCUGGGGCAUUGUAGAGGUGGAGAACUCGGCACACUGUGAUUUCGUGAAGCUUAGGAACAUGCUCGUCCGCACUCACAUGCAAGAUCUGAAGGACGUGACCCGGGAGACUCACUACGAGAACUACAGGGCCCACUGCAUCCAGAGCAUGACCCGCAUGGUUGUGAAGGAACGCAACCGCAAUAAACUAACCAGGGAGAGUGGCACAGACUUCCCCAUCCCCGUGGUGCCAACAGUGGCAGACAACGAGACAGAAAAACUCAUCCGAGAGAAAGACGAGGAGUUGCGGCGGAUGCAGGAGAUGCUGCAGAGGAUCCAAGACCAGAUGCACACUCAGAAAGACGCCUAUUAACGCAGGACAGCGAUCACACUGUGUACAUGUCUCUCUUGCUAACUGGGAUAAAAGAAAAAAACAAAACACACCCAGGAAGCCUUUAUUCCUCUCUAGAACACUGACGUCCCCCACGUGUCCACCCAACCACCACUCAACCUCAUCAACAGCAGCAUGUUACACUUGGAUCAGGGACCAGCGAGGAGGUGGUAAGAUGUUCUGACAUUUGCUCCCUUUAUUCCUCUGACGUUAUGACACCACUGCGGCAAAACACUCGACCCUCCCCUCUACUGUUUUCUGUUCUGUCAAGUUUAAAAUGAUUAAAAAAGCAUUGUUGUUUGUUUGAAUAAAUCGUCUCUAGUUUGAGGGUUUGUUUAGUCGAUGAGUGAUUUUUCAAAUAUCUGAACUUUGUUCAGUGACAUGCUCCCCAGGAUGUGUAAUUUUAUUUUUACAUACAGUAAAAAUAUGAGGUUUACAUGUGGUGACCUGCUCAGAUUUUUUUAAAACACAUUUUUCUGUUGCAAGUGUUUAUUUUUAUUAUCUCUAUAGGUCAACAUGCAUAUAUACUGUAAUAAUUUAAUUUUUAUAUAUCCCACUCAUAAACAUUUGUUCUGCUUAUUUUCAUCUUUUAUGUGCUCCUGGUUUUAUUUAACUACUCUGCUUGACAUUGUGUAUGGAUGGUUGUGUCAUGUAGAUUUCCCUUUAGAUGAGGUUGGUUCAUUUGAUUUCAUCUUUGUGUGAGGAUUCAUUUAAAUGUGCAUGUUCAUCAUAGUUGCCACCUCUGCUGCCUGACAGCAUGGAUGUUAGUGGCUUUGCUCACUUACUGAUUGCCAAAUAUCAACAUUUAAAAUAAUCUACUUUUUACAUGACAAAGAAGUCCGUUAUUGUUUGGAGAAUUCCCCAAAACAGAGUUGUUUCAGAAUCUCGUGAAAACUGAUCAAGACAGAACCAUCAACAGUUCACUUGUGAGAGCUGAUGUGAGAAUGCCUGCUAGUCCUGACGAAGACUUUGAUUAGACAAGACCCUUCAUUUGCAUGAGUGUCCAAGGGGAGGGUCACAUCAAAGGCUGGGCAGUGUAUUUAUUUUUGCAUGUGUUUUGUAAAGGUUACUUAGAUUGCAGAUCAAUGACGUGGUCAAAAGGUUAUUUAUGGGCAAUGAAAAUAUAUUAAGAAGUGGUUUUUUAAAUUUUUAUUUGGGCAGGUUAUCAUGAUUUCCUCAUUUUAAGGGACGUUGGAUGUGUGCUAACCUUAAUGUUUAUAACCAAAGCCAACAAUGACAAACUUAACUGUCCUAAAUUUUGAGUUUUCCUUUUCUGAAAGUGUGAAUUUUGUUUUGUGUUGACAUUAAAAAAGUGUCACAGCUAAGAGUAAUGAUCAAAAAUAUCUGAAUGAACUUUCAUUUUCUUGCUAAUGGUUUCUAUGUUACAAGUAGACAUCCUUAUUUGGAAGUUAAAUGACUGCCAUGUUGUGUGACCUUUAUGUAAAAAAAAAAAGAAAAAAAGAAAAAAUUACAUUCCUCCAGCUUC